UACAUAAUGAUAUUUGAAUGUAAACAUUAAACAAAACCAAAGUAUAAACAAAACAUUCAAUAAUUUGGAUAGUUUUAAAAAUUAUGUUUUAUGUUUGAAUACAUUCUUAAGUCUCAAAGUUUGUAAAACAAUAAAACAUUUCAUCAUGCCCACAUGGAAUCAAAUUCAAGCCCAGUUAAGAAACCCGAAUAAUGCGGUUGUAUUCUUCGAUAUAUCAGUGGGAACCACAGAAAUUGGUAGAAUGAUAUUUGAACUUUUUACGGAUAUUGUGCCAAAGACAGCGGAAAAUUUUCGGCAACUCUGUACGGGAGAAUAUCGUAAAGAUGGUGUACCAAUGGGAUAUAAAGGAGCUAGUUUUCAUCGAGUCAUUAAGGAUUUUAUGAUUCAAGGAGGCGACUUUGUAAACGGAGAUGGCACCGGUGUUAUGAGUAUAUAUGGGGGAACGUUCAAUGAUGAAAAUUUUGUUUUAAAACAUGAUUCACCUGGCUUACUUUCAAUGGCCAAUAGUGGAAAAGACACAAAUGGAUGUCAAUUUUUUAUUACCUGUGCGAAAUGUAAUUUUUUAGAUAACAAACAUGUAGUUUUUGGUCGCGUUUUAGAUGGAUUACUCAUAAUGAGGAAAAUUGAAAACGUGCCCACUGGCCCUAACAAUAAACCAAAACUGCCAAUUAUAAUAUCUCAAUGUGGUCAAAUGUAAUGAUAUCGAAUCUAAAGUGUACCUACUAGGAUAUUUUUUUAAUUAAAUGCAACAAUUGUAUUAUUUCAGAAAUUCAGAAUAUUUAUUUAUGUUCGAGUAUGUCUGGGUGAAUGAGCUGGUUUAUAAAGCUAGCUUAAAAAAAUGGUUGGCAAUUACUUUCCUAAAAAUUU